AUGGAACAUACACCUGCACCGUAUGCACCUAGAGCAGUUUAUGGGUAUGCUAUGUAUAUAGGAUUUAACUUACUUUUUCUACUUUAUCUUAUAUGGUCUGUGGUCCCUGAUUAUAUUUUAAAAGAUUACUUAGGUUUAUCAUAUUAUCCAUCCAAAUAUUGGGCUAUUGCAAUCCCUGUUUGGGCUUUAACGGCUCUCGCUACAUUUGCAUUUAUCAUUUAUCCUGCUAUUAAUUUAUUAAUGACUCCUGAUAUCGAUGAUAUUAGAACAAUUACCGAUAAUUAUGCGCAACAUAGAAAAGAAACUAUUCCUGGUGGUGUACCUCCUGUUUUUGAUAUACCCAUAACAGAAGUUUGUAGACAAUUAUAUUUAUCUAAAGAAACUAAACUUAAGUGUAAUUAAAAUGAUUUUAUAUAUUUACACAAA